AUGCGUGUUGACGAAGGCUUCCAACCGGUUCCAUUCGUGGAGGGAAAUCCGUACAGCACCGACCCCGUCCUGCCCGCGCUCCUGAAGCGCAUCCUCCCGGCAGAUGUAUUCCGGGAUGUCGACGCGGACCUGGACCGUUUCGGCGGAGAAGUCCUGACGACCAUGCGGGAGCUGAGCAAGCAUGCCACACCGCCUCAGCUUAUACAGUACGACUCGUGGGGACGGCGCGUGGACGAGCUCCGGACGUCGGAGGGCUGGCGCGGGCUCAAGGAGCUGUACCAGCGUGAGGGCACGGUCGCCAUUCCGUACGAGCGCAAGUACGGCGAACAUAGCUGGCCGUAUGGCUUCGCGAAGCUUUUCAUCAGUGUCGCAGACUCGGAGGUGGUCGACUGCCCGUUGAGCAUGACCGAUGGUGUUGCUCGUGUUCUGGAGCUAUCCGGAACGCCACAAUUGAAGGAGGAAAUAUUUGCCCGAUUGACCAGUCGAGAUCCGGCGCGGGCAUAUACUGCUGGGCAAUGGAUGACGGAGCGCCCUGGAGGUUCAGACGUAUCCCGCACAGAGACGGUUGCUGCACCCGUCCCAGGAAUCACUACUUCCUAUGGGCCGCAGUACAAGAUCGACGGCUUCAAAUGGUUCUCCAGUGCUACCGACAGCGACAUUGCACUCGCCCUGGCACGCACCGGACGCCCCGAGGACGGCUCCCGCGGCCUCUCCCUGUUCAUGAUCCCCGUGCGGCUGCCGCUCGUGCGCCCCCCAGGCGCGCCCCGCCCGUCCGCGCUCACGAACAACAUCCACCUCCACCGGCUGAAGAACAAGUUUGGCACGAAGAUCCUGCCGACUGCAGAGCUCUCCAUCCAAGGUGCGGAGGCGUACCUGCUCGGGGAGCCGAACCAGGGCGUGAAGCUGAUCACGCCCGUGCUGAACAUCACGCGCACGCACUCCGCGAUGAGCUCGGUUGCCUACCUCCGCAAGCCGCUCGCGAUCGCGACCGCGCACUCGCACGGGCGCGCGAUCAAGGGUGGGCAGCAGCUGUUGAAGGACACGCCGUUGCAUGUGGCGGAGCUCGCGAAGCUGCAUGUGUUGUAUCGCGCGCUCGUGCACUUUGUGUUCGGGUCGAUCGUGCUGCUCGGGAAGAAUGAGUGCGGGGUAGCGAGCGAGAGUGAGGGCCUUCGGUUGCGGCUGCUGACUCCCGCAAUUAAGGCGUUUGCCGCGGAGAAGUGUGUAACUGCGAUGGAGGAAUGCAUGACCAUGCUCGGUGGCGAGGGGUAUAUGGAGGAGAACGGAAUUGCCAGGUUGAUUCCAGACGGCAUAGUGGAGAAGAUAUGGGAGGGUACCAUCACGGUCCUAUCUCUGGACCUCGUGAGGGUCAUCGAGAAGUCUACCACACUCAACGCAUUUAUCAAGUGGACCGAAGACAUCAUCGCGUCUUGCCCCGCUCCGCUGGCGCAAACCCUAGCGGCGCCACUAGCAUCCCUCCGUGACGCGUUGCCCGAGCUCGUGGAAGCAUACAAGGCGCCGCUGCACCCCCUCGUCCCUCGUCCGGCACUGUUCGUGUUCAGCCACAUCGCGUCUUCUGUGUAUCUCCUGGAACAUGCCAUCUGGGCCGCGAAGACUUCGGAGCCCGGCCACGAGAUCGACGCUGAGGUUUUCAAGCGGUGGGUUUUGGAGGGCGGGCUCGACACGGCCCUGGAAAACGUACGCCGGGCGAAGAACUCAUCGCAGGAUCGCAUGGAGACCAACUCGGCGAUUGUGUAUGGCGUCAACGCUAGUAAAGUUGCGGCGCAUUUGUGA